AUGUCUACGUGGGAGUCCUUUAACCCGGAGAGUUAUGAAUUGGACAAGAGCUUCUGGCUAACCAGAUUCACUGAACUGAAGGGCAUGGGCUGCAAAGUUCCCCAAGAUGUCCUGCAGAAAUUGCUGGAAUCCUUACAAGAGAACCACUUCCAAGAAGAUGAGCAGUUUCUGGAAGCCAUUAUGCCAAGACUUGGCAUUGGAAUGGAUACCUGCGUUAUUCCUUUGAGGCAUGGUGGUCUUUCCUUGGUUCAAACGACAGAUUACAUUUAUCCUAUCGUAGAUGAUCCUUACAUGAUGGGCAGGAUUGCAUGUGCCAAUGUCCUCAGUGACCUCUAUGCAAUGGGGGUCAUGGAAUGUGACAACAUGUUGAUGCUCCUUGGAGUCAGCAAUAAAAUGACCGACAGGGAAAGGGAUAAAGUGAUGCCCCUAAUUAUACAGGGUUUUAAAGAUGCAGCGGAGGAAGCAGGAACGUCUGUAACAGGUGGCCAAACGGUCUUAAACCCCUGGAUUGUUUUGGGAGGAGUCGCUACAACUGUCUGCCAGCCCAAUGAAUUUAUCAUGCCGGAUAAUGCAGUGCCAGGGGACAUGUUGGUGUUGACAAAGCCCCUGGGGACACAAGUUGCCAUUGCUGUGCACCAGUGGAUGGAUAUCCCUGAAAAAUGGAAUAAAAUUAAAUUAGUGGUCACCCAAGAAGAUGUUGAGUUGGCAUACCAAGAGGCGAUGAUGAAUAUGGCCAGGCUCAACAGGACAGGGAGCACCACUACAGGGCUCAUGCACACAUUCAACGCCCAUGCAGCCACCGACAUCACAGGCUUUGGGAUCCUGGGCCAUGCGCAGAACCUGGCCAAGCAACAGAGGAACGAGGUGUCGUUUGUGAUCCACAACCUUCCCGUGCUGGCCAAGAUGGCUGCUGUGAGCAAGGCCUGUGGGAACAUGUUUGGCCUCAUGCACGGGACCUGCCCAGAGACAUCAGGAGGUCUUCUAAUCUGUUUACCACGUGAACAAGCAGCUCGGUUCUGUGCAGAGAUAAAGUCCCCCAAAUAUGGUGAAGGGCACCAAGCAUGGAUUAUUGGGACUGUAGAGAAGGGCAACCAUACCGCCAGGAUCAUAGACAAACCCCGGAUCAUCGAAGUCGCACCGCAAGUGGCCACUCAAAAUGUGAAUCCCACACCUGGUGCCACCUCUUAAUCUAGACAGAAAUAGCUGUUUGGUUUUGUUUUUAAAUAGAUCUAUUUCCUUUAUCAUCACUUCAAUUAAAGACUAUAAA